GUAUGUUUUCACCCGGAGGUUGAAGGCGGUGGUGCCUGGUUUUCCGGCGCCAUUUCGCGCUCGGACUCGGUGGUGGUGGUGUGAUCCCUUCUCCCGCGGAGAAGGGCAGUGGUACCGUGUUGAAGUUGGAAGCGCGGGUUUGUUGAUUUCUCCUCCUUUCUGCUGAAUGAAGCUGUUCGAGGGCUUUAAGGGAUACUCCCGCCGCCUCUCCCCAGACUCCGGAGCUCCGACCUCUCAGCGACUGAAAGGCCCGAUCGGAAUACAUGAGAGAGGUCGACAGGGACCUUUCCUAAAUUUUGACCCCCGGUUCACUGUUUCAACUCGGUGGGGGAGUGAAAGGGGAAGCUCUGGUUCAGAUUUUUUUUAAUUAAGUCAACAAGUGUAACAAUAUGAAUCGACAUUUCAACACCAGUCGGGAAUCAUCUCGUAGUGGAGUCUUUAAACGAAAAGCAGGUGAUACACAAGAAAGUGAAAUUAAAUUACUGAAAACAGAAACGGAUGAACGAUUCAUUUCACACACAAACAAUGCAGACACUUGUAAACUUACCCUUCCUGUACAGCCAGACUAUUAUGACAAGAGCUUUCCUGACUACAGGCAGCCUGUUGAGAUUGGCUGUUUCUCAUUAGAUUCACGUCGCCAGCUCUUCAAUGAUGCCAGGCAACUAAAAUACUGUGUGAAACCCGCCAGCAAGAAUCCAAAUUUCAAUCUACGUGAUGGUUACAAAGACAGAUACAUAAAAAGGAAUGAUAAUAUUAAGGAAAAGCUGGACCAUAUCCUGAAGUGGAUAUUAUUGAACAAACACAAAUUCCCCACGCUGUCUGGUGAUAACAAAUCAUCUGCUUCGUCAAAUCAGCUACACACAGACUUCAUCACGUGGAGAGGACAUCUGACUAAAAUUCUAACCACCCCUUAUGAGAAUCGAGAGGGAUGGAUGUUGGCAGUGACUCUGUUUAAUGGAACCUAUUACAUGAGUGAGGUGGAGACUGAGGAAGCCAGACGGCAGAGAGAGCAGCGGACCGAAAUACAGGAGGAAUUGAUAUAUGGAGGAUAUAAGUUUGAACAGUACUUGUGUGCAGAUAAACCAGGUGGGAAUCCUAAUCCAGCAGGUGUGGUAAACACUAAUGAAGCAUUUUGUUGUGUGGUUCGAACUCGGUUGAAUGGCCAUUCACUUGUAUUCUCUGGUGAGGUGGACUGCAAAGACAACUCUGACCCAAGGCUGAAGGCUCCCCAGUGUUAUGUGGAACUAAAGACGAGCAGAGAGAUUUACAGUCCAAACCAAGAGAGGAAUUUUCACAGAUUUAAAUUGAUCAAAUGGUGGGCACAGUCUUUUCUGCCUGGAGUACCUCGGAUAAUCACAGGCUUUAGAGAUGAUAAUGGGAUGGUAGUUUCUCUUCAGUCUUUUGAAACGAUGAAGAUUCAUCAUCUUGUCAAGAAUGAACGGAAUUGCUGGAAGCCUGCAGUCUGUCUAAAUUUCUGCAACGCUUUUCUGUCCUUUGUGAAGAAAGCGGUGACCCGAGAUGAUCACCGGAUGGUGACCCUUUUUUCCUGGGAACCUGGUAAAGAUAUUUCAUAUACAGUGCACACAGACCGCACAUAUGCUUUCCUACCAGACUGGUAUGUAGAAAAUAUGAUUGUUCAAGAAGGUAACCAUAACCCUGAGUGAGGAGCAUUGUUAUGAUCUGAUUCAAAGGAAAUGUGAUACUGAACUACUGUCCUGUAAUUUAUGGUUCUGUACAAAGUGACACUUUAAAAAAUGUACAUAGACUUUGUAAUAAAAGUUUUAAAACACACAACCUUUCCCAGCCAUGGAAACACUUACUUGUUUCAUUUCAAUAAUGUACAAUUUCCAUACAUAAUUUCACUAAAUUGUGGAAAUAGCCUACAUAUAGUAACACUCAAACACCUCCAAGCUGAGAGCCAGCAUGUUCUAUUCAUUCCCCUUUUAUUAACAACAUACACCUUAACAUUGGAAGAAAGCGCUUCACGGAGGUUCUUCACAGCAACUCCAUUUUAGUCACUGGGUUGAACUACAUGUAACAAAAAUGUAAACUAGAAAUACAGAGCCGGUGGCACAAAUUAUAUUAAUUCUAAAUGGAAACAUCUUCGUGAAAUGCAUACUUUUUCACCAAACGCCCACAACCAAGUUUUAUCCUGUAUACAAACUGAGUUCCUCCAUUCUUCCAGCUUUGCUACCCUGGGUAAAAUGUAAAUUAACCUAGUGGCUGUAGUAUAUACCAUUCUGUCUUUGAAAGUGUUUUUGAAACACAUACUGAAAGCUCAAUCUUGCAAUUGUUUUGCAAACUAAAUGUAACGGCUUAUUGUUUAACUGUGCAGUUUUCUCCAUUGUUAACGCAUCACUUCAAGGAAACAAGGUGGUAUUACUCAGCCUAAUGCCAUUUCAGCAACAGAUCAGAAGCUGAAUGGUCUCCCUGCAACUCACAGUUCAGCUUUCUGAAUUGCUGAUUUAACGUUUGGCUGUUUUAGAUAAUCCCAUGAUUUUGAAGGUAAUCCCUGCAAUCCUCUCGUAGACCAGGAACAUGAGAGCGGCAGUAAAAACAGUUUGAAGUAGUUUGGCUUCAAGACCCUUGUAAAGUCCUGGGAAACCACCUUUUCUGUUAACAAGAAGAAAAACUUAUUUUAAAAAUGUUAAUUGUACACAAUUUAUGGAAAAUUAGAAAUUGUUUGAAGUGGUUAAUAACUUGCGAGAAAGAGCAGUGAAAAAAUAAAUGCUGUAAAUCAAA